UCUUAGAUGCUAUAUGGUUACUUUCAGCAUAAGAAAUUAGACAGCAAUAUCUUGAGCAGCUUGACUGUCACAAUAUCAUUCUUUUAGAAUGGAUCCGAGGUUGAAGAAGGCUGCUCAAGCAGGUGAUAUAGACUUCAUGUACACUUUAAUUAAGGAGGAUGCUAAACUUUUGGACCUUAAUGGGGUGUCAUAUGUUGAUACUCCUCUACAUGUAGCUGCAUCUGAAGGGCAUAUAUUGUUUGCCAUGGAGAUAAUGAGAUUGAAGCCAUCAUUUGCUAGGAAGUCAAACCAAGAUGGGUUCAGCCCCAUCCACUUGGCUCUGCAAAAUGGGAACACCCAGAUGGUGCUUCGUCUCCUAGACGUUGAUACAGGGCUCGUUCGUGUGUCAGGGAGGGAGGGUAUGACUCCAUUGCACUACGUAGCCAAAGAAGGAAAUAUUGAACUCUUGCUUGUUUUUCUAUCCGCAUGCCCCAAAUCCUUUGAGGAUGUGACAAUUCGAAAUGAGACUGCUCUGCAUAUUGCAUUGAAGAACGGCAAGGUUGAAGCAUUUGAAUUGCUGGUGAGAUGGCUAACACAUGCUUGCUAUGAAGGGGUUCAUCAACUGGAGAAAAGGAUAUUGAACUGGAAGGAUGAUGAUGGCAACACUUUGCUGCACAUUGCAACAAUUAGAGAUCAACCUGAGGAAGUAAAGCUUUUAUUAAACUCUAAGGUAGACGUAAACGCCAAGAAUUCGGCUGGUUUGACGGCCCUGGACAUCAUACAGCACCAAAGCUCGUCGGAUAACAUAAAAAUAAGGACUAUGCUAUAUUGUGUUGGAGCUCAGGAAGGGGCUUCACUUCCUAAUGUUGGCUUCACACACUACUUAAGAAAGGAUCAGAGGCUGAUGAAGGCUGCUCAAGAGGGAGAUAUUGAUGGCCUCUAUGCAUUGAUACAGGAGGAUUCGUGUAUUUUAGAGCGCAUCGAUCAGGUUCCAUUUGUUCAUACUCCUUUGCACGUAGCUGCAUCUGCAGGGAAUACCCAAUUUGCCCUGGAGAUGAUGAGAUUAAAGCCACAAUUUGCAAGGAAGCAAAACAAAGAAGGGUUCUCUGCAUUGCACUUGGCUUUGAAACAUGGGAAAAUACAGACAGUGCUUUCUGUCUUGUCUGCCUAUAGAGACAUUGUCCGAGUCAAAGGAAGGGAGGGUAGGACUCUCUUGCACUGUGUAGCUGAAAUCGGAAACUUGGAUCUUCUGGCUGAAUUUCUAGCAGCUUGCCCAGAAUCUAUCAUUGAUCUGACAAAUCAGAAAGAAACUGCACUGCAUAUUGCUGCAAAGAAUGACAAGGCCGGAGCACUCGAAGUCUUGCUCGGAUGGGUGGUGAGGUUGUUAAUAAAAAGGGUUGACCUAAAUGCCAAGAAUUUGGAGGGUUUAACAGCUCUGGACAUCUCAUUGCAAGGACCAGUUAACAAUACAGAGAUGAUAAAUUUAUUAUGCCGAAAUGGAGCUUUGGGAGCUUCCUCACUUCAUAGAGUAUCUUCUCUUGCGGACUCUUUGAGGAAAGAGAUGUCACUGACCGAAAAAUGGAUUCUACGAAGUUACCUCUCAAAAUGUUGCAUGCCAAAUGAAAAGCGCAACGCUCUACUAGUGGUAGCUGUGCUGAUUGCAACGGCCACAUUCCAAGCUGUGCUCAAUCCCCCUGGUGGUAUCGAGAAAGGUUACUCUCAAACUCCUCAUAAGUUUAAAAGGAACUCCGCAGCCACGAACAGUAGCGCUGAAGAAAAUGCAGUAUCAGAGUUCGCAUUUCACUCCGCUGCAGCAUGCGUUUCUUUCUUGGCUUUUAACACCAUGGCCUUUUUGACAUCUAUUUCUGAGAUAUGGUUUCACCUCCCACAAGGCCUUUAUUUCUUGAUAAAACUGGGUUUACCUCUAUUGUUAUGCUAUAUGCUUUCGUUGAGUCUCACAGCACCAGUACCAAAUGUGACACCUUUUUACCUGGUUUUGUUAUUUUUAUCUCAAGUGAAAGCAAUAGUUAGGGUCAUGUUUUUUAAGAGGACAUUGGAACUAAAGCUCUCCCUGUUGAGACAUUGUCCCAGUUUACAUAGAGAAAUGGAAUCAUGA